UGCCACGGCAGGCCCCGAGGACGGCCAACAUGCAUACAGCCGCGAUACGCCCAACAGAUGCCAUCAGGAGGGUCGGUAUAUAACACGGCUACGGAUGGCAGCGGCGGCAGACAGACCACGGUGCAGCGGGCCGCGCAGAUAGCCAGUCACACAGCAGCCAUGAAGCUUCUGAUUGUUCUCUCUCUUCUGGCGGUCGCCCUUGCCAGGCCAGAAAGGAACGCCCAGGUCGUCUCAAACUUCAACGAGCUUAGAGAAGAUAACUCAUACGAUUUCCAGUUCGAGACGUCCAACAACAUCCUCCGCGAGGAGUCGGGUCUCUCCUACCCGGGAAACGAGCCGGAGACGGGCCGGUAUGUGCAGACGGGCAGCUACGAGUUCGUCCAUCCCGACGGCACCGUCACCAGCAUCCAGUUCAUCGCCGACGAGAACGGCUUCCGGCCGCUGGGAGCCGUCAUCCCCCAGAUCACCGAGCAGGUCAACAUUCAGGACGCCUAGUGAGGUUCACCAGACGCCAGACAGGCCCUGGUAGGCUCCACGGGCCGCCGACCGGGAUACGAUGGCAUGGGGGUUAAAUUCUACGGCGCGCGCUUCGGCAGGGAAAGGUCAUUAGAAGAUGUGAACGGAGACGCUGGUGCUAACUCAACCGUUGGAUGCCGGUUCUACCGAUGGGCUUCCAAACCUACCGGAUGGAUGUAAAAUCUACCGAAAAGCUGCUAGUUUUACCAGGGUAUCUGCGAGGCCCGCCAGCGGGUCUGUGCCAGCGCAGAUGUCGAUACAACCAGCUAAGGUCGCCUGGCAUUCGGCAAGUGUUGGAGCUAAACUUCUGCGAUAUCCACGGCUGGCUCGAUAGACAUAAGUCCGGGUGCUCAAAUAUUUCAUUUUCAUGUGUCCAUGAUCAGUGAUCACGCGCAGAAACGUAUUUAGGGAUUGGGUAUAUGUCAAAAGGGGUUCGGGGGAUCACAGGAUCGCGGGAUCACCUGCGUAACGUAUUUGAUAAAUGUAAAAAGUGAUCACAUUAUCGAACAAGUUAAUGGUCAAGAAGUCAUCUAUGUAAUGUGAUAUGUUUCUGGUCAAUACAAUGACAUAAAUAUAUUUCAACAAAUGCUUU